AUGGCAUCACCGACUAGGACAGACCCUAGAGGGCCUCUCAUGGUAGCAGAAGAGGAUGUUGACAUCCUGUGCAACGAGCUCGAUAGAACUGGAACCCCGGAGGAAGCCCUUAGCCUUUAUGACCACAACAAGGUCCACUUCCAGAACAGUGGGAGAUUGAUGGCUGCUGAGGUCAUAGUGCUGGCCAAGUUCAAAAGUAACAGUAGUAGUAAUAACACUGGAGAGGACUGGGUGGACUCAGCCCCGUUCAUUCACUUUACCACCGCUGUUGUUGACGGCUCAGCCAGCUUCCUAGGGGAGGUAUCCACGUGGUCGAGUGAGUAUCUCAUCACAGUUUUCAAGGCCUUCAGUGUUCUCAAUAUCGACCAGCCCUUCGCUCUGCUGGCCACUUGCCUUCCUGAGAGGCUGAUGGACCUCACAGCGAAGAAUCUAUCGGAGUAUCUUUCCUUGUUGGCUCGGACACCAGAAGUAGUCAGUGAUGACCUUUUGAGUUUGAUAGCAGAUGAAUUGGGCCAACGAAAAUGGCAGGGUGGAUUCACUCACGAGGAUUUGAACUCAUCCCUGUCGGCUUUCUUGGUCCUCUGCCGAGCAGCUAGGGAUACAUCCCCGAAGGUCUGCGAGAUGUUCGCUCAAGCAGCCGACGUUGUUGCCAGCAUGCCGGGGAGCAGCAGAUACUUCUCAUUGGCAUUGGACUCGCUGACUACUAUAACUGCAGCGCCUGGACAGGGGAUGCCUGGAGCAACUGCCUUGCUCGAGCGGUUGACUAAGGAAGGUGUUGGGCAGCUCAGCGAUAUGAAAACCUCUGAACUCAGCCAAAUGGCCUCUAGUAUUCUCCGUCGGCCCUCGGCUGCCCCUCAAACUACCCUAGAAAGAGGGCCAGCAGCUGACAACCUGGCAGAAGCUAUCGCUGAGGAAGUAUUGCGUAGGGACAUACUACUCUUUUCCCCCAAAGAGGUGUCGGAGCUCUUAGGAGCAUUUGGUGGCGGAUACGGGCUGGCCAAGGCUUUCUGUAUGGACUAUAUACCAGAGCGAAUGAGUACCUUUGAGGUUAAUGAUAUGGUGGCGAUGCUGUAUGCAGUUGGAACGCAGAAGCCGGACCUGCUAGAGUCAAUGUGCCAGUAUAUGAGUACCUACAACUACGCUAAGAUGAAGCGCGAGUUGCGCGCUGACGUGCUCUGUCGCUCUCUACAUGACCUCUCACUCUCUGCGGAAGCCACGACGAAGUCUAGGAAACUGUUCGAGUUCGCAGCCAAUGACUUCGACCUGUCCAAAUGUGAUUCUGCCAGUCUGUGCGAGCUGGCCAAGGCGAUGUUGCGGUGUAAGGACACUAGCAUUGAGAAGAAAAAAGUUUUCUCACGACUCUGCUCGACUGGGACAGCAGUAGAUGACCCCGAUGUGCUGGUGGCUAUAGCAAUAUCGGGUGUCUGGGACAGCGAGUACUUUAUAGAGGCCUCGCAACGACAAUUGAAAAUGAAAUCAAAAUCGGCGGAGCGAAGCAUAUAUGUCUACUAUGCUAUAGCAUAUGGCCUUAAUUUCCACAUCGAAAG